AUGAUCGCAGCGAAUGCCAAUCAAUCCAACUACGYCGUCUUCGACAUGGACAACACCAGCUACCAAUUCGACCUCGAAGAAUCUCUCCUUCCCUUUCUAGAGAAUCGAGGAAUACUUACUCGACGCACCAUGGAUGAAUCCCUGAAACUCAUCGAAUUCAAAGACACGGAAGAAUACACCGAGACGCUCUUCAGCUACUACUACCGUCUUUGCGAAAUUGACGAUCUCAUGUGCUAUCCCUGGGCAGCUCAGAUUUUCGCUGGCUUCACGCUUCGAGAACUAAAAGUCUACGUGGAUGAACUCAUGGCUUACAAUCAAACMAUCCCCACGAGAUACUGGGAUGGCGACGAAGUGGUCGAGGAUGAAAUCUCGCCGCCUGUGAUUUUUCCCGGACAAGUGGAGCUCUAUAACGCUUUGAUGGAUAAUGGGAUUGAAGUCUAUGUUAUUUCUGCCGCGCAUGAGGAACUUGUUCGUAUGGUGGCUGCGGAUCCGAAAUAUGGAUAUAAUGUCAAACCCGAAAAUGUCAUUGGCGUGACGACUUUUUUGACGAAUCGCACGAGUGGGGAACAGACUACCAGUCGGAAACAAAUUGAGGCGGGGGAGUAUGAUGAGGAAGCUAAUCUUGAUCUUGUUUAUGGAACUUAUCUUUGGACUCCGGCGACGUGGUUCAGUGGCAAGUGGGMGGCUAUUCUUACUUAUAUUGAUGAGUGGAAGUUGCCGGUUUUGGCUGGUGGUGAUACGCCUGGAUCGGAUACUUAUAUGAUCUUCCACGGAGUCGACGUUGCGAAGGGGGGAAUUCAUCUAUGGGUCAACCGCUCGGCCGAGAAAUUGGAGGAGCUUAACGAAUUGAUUGAACAGGGCGCUGCUGGGCAGGCUGCGAACAAUCGACCAGUGACUGUGGACAAGAAUUGGGUCGUUGUUAAGCCUGUUGAGAUAGGUGGGGUGGAGUAG